AUGUCUGAAGAAACAAAUUCAAACACAACAAUUAAAAUCGAACCGUUCGAUGACUAUCCUCACGUGAAACAGGAAUUCGAUGAUUAUGAAAUGUCAGAUUUUUAUAUGGAUCAUGAUAUAUGUCUGCAGCAAUUUUUAGAAUCUGAGGUUACAAUUGACGAGGAAAUAAAACAAGAGACGAUUGAUGACCAAGAUGACUUGACUAGUACAAACAAAACAGUUUCAGAUAAAAAUUCAUAUAUGUGUGAUGAAAAGAUCAGUGAAUCAAGUAAUUCAGUGGAUAGCACGAACAAAUCAUUUGAAGAAGUUUCAGAUAACAAAAGUGAAACAACUAAUAACUUGAAACAGUAUAAAUGUGAAUCAUGCAAUAAAACAUUCACAGCAAAACAAAGCUUACAACAACAUCAAAUGAUUCAUACUGGAGAACGCCCUUAUGAGUGCAAAAUAUGCAAUAAAAGAUUUUCACGGUCAAGUACUUUAAGACAGCACUUAUCAGUCCAUACUGGUGAACUUCCUCAUAUUUGCGAAAUAUGUAAUAAAAAAUUCAGAUUGAAACCAAACUUAAAUGCACAUAAAUUGGUCCAUAGUGGAGAACGUCCGUUGUUGGUGUAUAAUAGAUAUAAUAAAGGUCCUAAUACAGAACCUUGUGGGACGCCACAAGCUAUGCUACGUCCUCCACUUGUAAAAUUUCCCACCUUUGUCCUUACCACCUUUUCCACGUGA